GCCAGGCGCUUGUGUCUAAACUCCGUGACGCCACUCAUUUGUUAAAGUCUAAUCGAAUCCUGAAUGAAAUGUAAUCCCUUCAUUGCUGAUAGCCUGUAACGUGAUUCACAAGUUAAAUAAUGUUUCGUGAAAGUGUUUAAUGUACCUGUUGAGUGGUUUUAUACCCUUGAAGCUUACGAAAGACAAAUACCUAUAUAUUUUAUCAAAAACAUGGAAUUGAAAAGGGCCACUCCAAAUAAUUUGAGGAUCGAGACGUGCUCCCACUGCACCACGCCCUCGGAGAGACACGCUCCUGAAGUGGUCUCAGUCAAGGUCGGCUGCCUCCACAUCAAUCCAGCUACAGAACGCGGACGUCGGAUCCUGCUGUUGCAAAUCCUGGUGCUUUUCUUCGUGCCUCACGCUGCGCUUGUGCUCCAGAAUCUGCCUAUCAUAACGGAGCUUUCCUACGGGCUGGGCUCCUUGACUGACGCCGAUGCUGAGGCUAACUGGAUCUUGUCUCUCGGCGAAGCGGUCACCAGCAUACAGCAGGAGCGGAUCCUCGUUGUCAAGUACCUAUUCUUGGAGGCUACCGACUUGGACAUAAUACACCUUCGGGAAAUUUUCUCCGUAACGGACGCGGGGCUCGAACGUUUCGGCACAUUGGUGCCUGAUUAUUACAGAUUCAAUUUGUAUCACCUGCGGGAGGAUAUAAUGAAUAUUAAGAAUUUAAACAAAAGCGAGACAUACAAAAGGAUUAUCGUGUAUUCGAAUGUUAACAAGGUUUUGUUAAAGCAAGUGAACAGGGCAGUCAAAUCUGUGAUCUCUUCAAUAUGGCGACAAUUAUCCGCGUGCGAAGAGCUUUUGAAAGCUGCAGAACAGUUGUCUUUAGCUUCGACCGAAGUCAUACGCAGUUCAAGCUCCGAAAGCGACACGUCUCCGAUUGAAUUUCAACUGAACAGCUUCGAGUUAUUAGAAUCGACUAAACAGUACUUGGAACUGGAGAAGAUGGUGGAAGAAGUCAAAAUUAUGGACGAAAUAAUAGCUAUGAACACCAAAAUUCAGGUCAAUAGCUCCGUUACCCUGUCACAAACAGGCCUCACAGAAUACAUCAAUAAAACCGAGGAGAGCUUACACAAGCUGAAUAUUGUACAAGUGAAGCUUUGGGGAAAUGUAAGGGAUACUGUGAGACGCGAAAUGAAGUCUGCCAGGCGUUCUGUGCUCCUGUACGCGGGUGUUUUAGUCACUGUACUCAUCACGUCGGCUGUGCCCUUACUGCUUCUCAGACACGUGGUUUCAACGUUAGAGACAUUCACCCACUCAUUAAACAUGAGUACGGAGAAAUUGAUAGCCGAGAAACAGAAGAGCGACCUCUUGCUCUCCCGGAUGCUCCCGCUGCCAGUUCUGCGGAGGCUGCGGGCACAGAGGACGGUGCCGGCUGAAGCCUUCGACGCGGUCACCAUCUUCUUCAGCGAUAUUGUCGGCUUCACCACCAUAUCUGCGAAUAGCACGCCCAUGGAAGUCAUCAACAUGCUGAACAUGCUCUAUAAAUUGUUUGACGAGAAAAUAUCUCAAUACAACGUUUACAAGGUGGAAACUAUAGGAGACGCGUAUAUGGUGGUCUCUGGUCUGCCACAGAAGAACGGCAGCCGUCACGCGUCCGAGAUAGCUGACAUGUCAUUGUCACUGGUGAGCAGCGUGGAGGAGGCGCGGGUACCGCACCGUCCCGCCGUGCCUCUACGAGUGCGGGCCGGUGUCAACACGGGCCCGUGCGUCGCCGGCGUGGUCGGGACCACCAUGCCGAGAUACUGCCUUUUUGGCGACACCAUCAACACCGCCAGCAGAAUGGAGUCUACUGGCGAACCUAUGAAAAUUCACAUCUCGGAUUCGACGAAGAGAGCCUUAGACGAGUUCGGUACCUAUAUCACUGAGUCCAGAGGAAUUAUUGAUAUUCCGGGCAAAGGCAGCAUGGAAACGUUCUGGUUGCUCGACAAGAUCGGAGGAGUACAAAGUGAGAGUCCGCGGUGUCAAUUCAACGACUACGACCACAAUUUACUGGAACUCAUAAUUAAAUCUUAAGUCACGUUUCUUGGUUGAAUAUUGUAUGUACGAGUAUAUAAAUGUGAUGUUUGAGGAAUAUAACGCGAAAAUUUAAAGACAUAAAUAAAAGAGAUUCGACAAUUUUCAGAUUUGACUUUAGGAUUCAGAUACGGUGAAAUAAAUCCAGCUUCUAUGCGACGUCGACAAAUUUGUGUUGAAAAAAUCAUAUGUAAAUAAAUUUACGUACUUCUAGCUAUAUAUUUAGAUUUGUGAACCAUGAAACGAAUUAAGAUAUUAUAUUUAUAUUAUUGGUCUAUUUUUAAGGGAUCGAUUGUAACUAUUUCGUUUUACCUACCUAUUCGUUGGUAACAUUAGGGGCUAUUUCAACUUCGGGUGGAAUGGUGAGCUCACGGGCUCAACCUGAGGAGAUUUGCUAACAAUGGCCCUAGCAAGUGCAGUUUUACGCAGAAUCUACCACCGGAUCGGAAACGCGACCAACUGAGACGAUCCGGCAAGAAACUCAGUGGGCUGUGUCUAUGGGGAAACUAUUCAAGGUUUACCCCUGUCUAGUACUGCAAACAAUUCCGUUUGGGACGUAUUUUGUGUUCCCAGCUUUUUUGUUCUUUAUUUCCUACCAAUUCGAUGGUAGCCUUAGCUAUUCCAGCUACGCGUGAACGGUUAAGUGACCUAACACUGGCCCUAGCAAGAGUAGUACCUCGCAGAAUCUACCACCGGAUCGGAAACGCAUUACCAGUAUUAAAGUUCUCGCAGUAGGGAACAAUAGGGAACCGGACAGGUCUGACGAUUGAAAAUAAGCGCGCACCAAAUUUUGCGAAGCUUGGCUGAACUGACACUUCAUCAUAUUUGAUGUCGUUUGGAGUCGGAAUGUAAGUUGAAGGAACCAUAAAUCAUAGACUAAUACAAAACGAUAAGCCACACAUGACAUCAUGCGUUGUAAUUGCUGAUAAACUUGACGGGAUAAUUUAGUGUUAUUUGAUUUUAUUUUGUGAUUGGAAAUGUUAUUUAAUACAAAAUUUUGUUUGCAAAGAGUAUAAUGAGAAUCUAUAUAUUAAUACGUGAAGCAAAAACUUUGUAUCCCUUUUUACGAAAAUUGCGCGGACGGAGGAGUAUGAAAUUUUCUACACUUAUAUAGAAUAUAGAGAAGAAGUGCACAAUGCUAAUAUUUUUUUAAAUUAAUGCAUGAAAGAUACAUUAAAUCAAUAAAGAAAACAUUACACACACUACAUACCAUGUAUUUGACGCACACACGCAUGCAUACCUACUAUUUAUUGUCAAACUUUUAUUCUUGACGUUUGUGGUUAUAUUAUAAAUAUUGUUUGUUUUUAUUAAUAUUUUUCUAUAGUGUAGUCUUGGCGAAAUUUGUGAUUAAAGAACUAUAAAUAGUCUUUGAAAAUAGAAUCAUAAUAGUGUACAAACUUAUAAUUUC